GAUAACCCAGUGUACCCUACCCAGCUUGAUGACUCAGUGCCCGCUGUCGAGCCAGACGAUCCAAUGCCAGCUGAUGCCAGAUGACCCGAUGUCCGCUGUCGAGCCAGAUGACCUGAUGCCAGAUGACCCGAUGCCCGCUGCUCCGCCUGAUGGCCCGGUGCCCGCUGCCUUGCCUGCUGCCCAGCCUGCCGUGCCUCUUCCUGCUGCCCAGCCUGCAGUGCCUCUGCCUGCUGCCCAGCCUGCCGUGCCUCUGCCUGCUGUCCCGCCUGACGUGCCUCUGCCUGCAGUCCCGCCUGACAUGCCUCUGCCUGCUGCCCAGCCUGACGUACCAGCUCCUGAUGCCCAGCCUGCUUCUGGAAAUCUUGUCUCCAGCAAUCUGCCUUCCUGCAGUCUCCUACAAAAAGAUAGGUCUAUCAGCAGGAGACCCAGCCAAUCCCUUGAUUCCGGCAGUGGGAUGUCCAGCCAGUUGCCGGACCCAGGCGGUGGAACAUUUGGGCCAUUACGGACUGUUUGGAGCGUCCUGAGGCCGCUCCUUGAGGGGGGAGUACUGUCAGGAUAGGACUUGCCAGUGGUGGUGGGACUCACCUGCCUUGUGAGCUGCAGUACCAGGGCUGGCCAGCGGGUGCUCUCAGCAA